UCGCUCCUCUCUCUUUUUUUCUCACAAAAGUCUCCAAAAUCCCGUUCCUCAUUUUCCGAUCACCUUCCUUCGAUUCAAACUCUUCCAUAAUCCAGCGUCGUUUUCCUCCGAUUCCACUCUCCCGAGUUACCCCGAGUUACCACUAUUCCAAGCUCGCCGACACCAACCACCGCUCCGAUGAGCGAUCUCGCCGGAUAACACGCAGGGAUCGCGGCCGCCACGUUCGAAUCGGUUGUUUUUCUUGAUCCUUAUUUAUUCGCUGGUUCUGAGGAGAGGAAAAGGGUUUCUUCGGUAGUGGUUGUGCCGGAGGAUUUUUCUCCGGCGAGAUGACGGGGGCGAGGCAGCCUACUUGGAAGGAGAGGGAGAACAACAAGCGGAGGGAGCGGCGGCGGAGGGCGAUCGCCGCCAAGAUCUUCGCCGGGCUGAGAAUGUACGGAAACUACAAGCUCCCGAAGCACUGCGACAACAACGAAGUUCUUAAGGCGCUGUGCAACGAAGCCGGUUGGACCGUUGAACCUGACGGCACCACGUAUCGGAAGGGAUGCAAACCUGUUGAACGCUUGGAAGUUGGUGGUUCUGCAGUGGCAACCCCAUGUUCAUCUUUCCAUCCAAGUCCCUGUGCUUCCUAUAAUCCCAGCCCAGGAUCUUCUUCGUUCCCUAGCCCGCGCUCAUCUCCCUUUGCCACAAAUGCCAAUGCUGAUCCGAAUUCACUCAUUCCAUGGCUCAAGAACCUCUCAUCUGGAUCAUCGUCAGCUGCCUCUUCAAGGAUUCACCAAAUAUUCAUUCAUAAUGGCUCAAUUAGUGCUCCUGUCACUCCUCCACUGAGCUCUCCAUCUGCGCGAGCUGAAUGGGAAGACCAGCCUGCCAAUCCCAUGGUGGGUGUACAGCAGUACUCUUUCAUGCCUUCCUCCACUCCUCCAAGCCCUGGACGCCAAGUUGUUGACCAAGAUUGGUUCGGCAAGAUUAGGGCUCCACAGGGUGAUGGGACAACUUCUCCAACCUUCAGCCUGGUCUCCUCAAACCCAUUUGGCGUCAAGGAGGAGACUCUUGGUGGCAGCAGCUCCUGCAACUGGACGCCAAUUCCUAGUGGUACUUGUUCUCCUGUUGUCGCCGCAAGCUCUGAUCACACAACAGAUAUUCUGAUGGCUGAAGCUGCUUCAGAUGAGUUUGCCUUUGGAAGCACCAAAAAAGGUUUUGUGAAUGCCUGGCAAGGAGAGAGGAUCGUUAUUGGGUCAGAUGAUCUUGAGCUCACCCUCGGGAGCUCAAAAACCAGGCAAACUUCUGCAUAAAUGAACAGCCAGUGGUUCACAUGACUUUGACACCCUUUUUGUCUGCUCUGUAACAAAGUUGGAGAAGGGAACAACCAUAGUGAGCACAAGCAACUGCUGAUGGUUUGGUUUGUUAAUUUUUUUUAUCAGGUCUUAACUUAUUUAGUAGUUUUGUAUACACUAGUUAGGUUUAGGCGUUUUGCUGCCAUUGACUUGGUCAGUGUCGUGUCCACAAACCCUGAAUUCUAUUAGAAAGAUCAAUAUACGUGUAUGGAUCUCGGUAUGAUAUUGAAUGAAAUUCUACUUGGAGAUUGAAGUGUA